UGUACUUUGUACAGCUAAGUGCUUGGCUCAACCUGGCAUUGCACGGGUUGGGUGGGGUGCUCAAAUACCUGUUCUGGCAGAACGCUCCUACUCCGUUUCGUGCUCAGACAACACACUUGCUUCUUAGCAAACUCACUGGGAGUUGUGUAACUCUUGGAGAUUGUCUACUGUGCGUAAAGGGGCUUCGAAGAACAGGAAACCCCUACAUUUGAGAAUACAAAUUGUCAGUUUUUUGUUAAGAACAUCUAACAACGAUGACCACUGCCGAUGCGGACGCAACUAGAAUCCUUGGCAAGGGUCCAGAAUAUCUACGAAAGCAGAUGGAACUUGAGAGUGACACGAAGGGAAGAGUGAGCGCCGUGGAGAGGCUAGCAGCAAGUAAACCAAAAUAUGUUAAGAGUCAACAGGUGGUCAACUCCACGCAGGAGCCAGUAAUCAGCUUUGGGGCUCCCUCAGUUAGUAGUAACGGGUCCUCUAAUCGGAGCUCUACUCGGAGUGGUAAUUAUGUAACUGGGAAUACAAACCGGAGUGAUGCGCAAAGUGGGCCCUUAACGCCGCUGGAGGAAGACAAUAUGGCGCGUCGAACAAGCUCCAAAAAGCGUGACUCUCUUUUACUGUACAGACAGAAAUGCGAUCUUCUGAAAGGAUCGUCAGGCGAAAAAAACAAACGUAAUUUGGGACGCAGGCUACUACUGACCUCUUUGAUUAAGGCAAAUUCAUUACCUGAGGCGACAGGUAAAGAAUGUGAGUCGGAAGAUGGCCAUACUUCAAAAGAAUUAAAAAACGACUCAAAAACAGCUACUUCUGAACAGUGUGCACUUGUAACCCUAGAUGUAUCCACGGGACAAGGCGUGGACAUCAAAAACCUCGUGCAAAAAGAAGCUUCAGGUAUAGCUGGUAGACUUGCUCAUAACAGAAUAACUGAAGUUAAAAGAAGGAGCGGCAAAGGGGUCGGCCGUUCACACUCGGAUAUCAGCUCAAGGUAUUCAAAGAAUUUUGCAGACUUUGACGCCUUCUUCAAGUAUUGCGGGCUAUGCAGCGAGAUCAUUGAAUCUCUGGGCAAAGAAAACUUUUCCGCGCUGUCGGACAAAACUGCAAACAAAAUCCGAAGCGUCAGCUGCUCAACAUCAGAUGGAGGCUUCUCACAGAACAGCGGCGAGAGUGACGGAUUACAACAAGAAGAGCUGCACGAAAAUAUCCGUCAGGAGACUUCAGUCAUUGAGCGCAAUGCAAGGAUUAUUAAAUGGUUGUACAGCUGCAAAAAUGCUCAGGAGUCUGGGAAAACAUUACGAGAUCUUGAAUAGAACUACUGUUUUUUACAUAGGCUGUUUUUGAUGUCCACCCCUUGUUUUUUUACAUAGGCUAGGCUAUGUCUCAGUGCCUAUAUUGUAAGUGUGUACGCCACCUUGAACCAUAUUAUUUUCAUAUUUUCAACAAUCCGGUUUACGACAUUUUGUGAAACUUAACAAAACAACAAAAAUACAAAAUGUCUCAAAUAGGCUAGUAGCUUAUCUGUCUUUCAAUGCAUGUCUAGGCUUCCCCUUUAUAAAGUGCUGUUAAUUGACAGGCAACGUAUCAAAUAUAAAUAGGCCUAUACAGGCCUGUUUCCAAUGACAGCACUGCCACAGUUGUCCUUAUGACUCUGCAGGCUGAACAGAUGAAUAGAGGAAACCCAGGACAUGGGCCAUAGCGCAUUUCUUUAGGUUCGUUCUGCAUCACAGCAGUUGAUAGGUGUGUGAGUUUGUGUCUGUGUGAG